ACACAAGUUUACAGCGCUGAGAGAGCGAUAUAUUUACCUUCGGCGGGGAAAAAAAAACAAAACAAAACUUAUUGCGCCACGUUCCUCUUAUAAACACGUAUUUAUUUAUCUUCAGUUCCUCCCAGUUUACUAAGCAAAUAAACACACCGGCAUUAUGGACAGUCGGGAGGACACAGACGUGUGGUACACCCAUCCAGUCUACGCCCGUUACUGGCAGCAUUACCAGCAGGCUAUGAGCUGGUACCAGAGGCACCACUGGGCAUACAGCAAGGCCAUACAGGCUGCAUAUGACCCUGCUCUGUACCCUGUGUUUCCCACCUCCUCAUGUCGCUACGCUGACUGGCAGGAUGAAGAGACGGUGGACAGAAUCCCUACACAAACAAGGAGACGGAGGGAGGAAGAGGAAGACAACACGGAGCCUGAAGAAGAGUCUGAGAGCUCGGAGGAAAGUGAGCUUGAAUAUGACGUCAGCAAAAUGGACAUCACGGCCGAGCUGCGGCAAUACUUCGCUCAGACGGAGCGCCACAAAGAAGAACUGAAGAGGCAACAGCAGAUGGAAGCAGAGCGACAGGAAGCCUACGUACCAGCCGACCAGGACCUGCACCAUUCUUGGCGGCGGAGCGCCGAAGCUCCAGCUGAGCGCCCAGGAGAGAGGAGGAGUGCGGAGAUGAAGCGGCUCUACGGAAAAGACGCGGCCAAGAUCCAGGGCAUGGAAACAGCCAUGCAGCUCACCUUUGACCGCAACUGUGACCGCAAGCAGCCCAAAUACUGGCCUGUAAUACCAUUAAAGCUCUAAUAAUGCUCACUAGUUAGAAUGCAAACCACUUUUACAUAAACACAACAUGCUAAGGGGCUCAUCAAAAUGUUCUGCCUUAUUGUGUAAAUCCUUUUGUAUUUAUAAUAGUCAGAUUUUUGGUCCCAUUAAAAAAUUAGUCUUUGUUGUUCCUGAUCUCUCACUUUGCUAAUCCUCCUCUUUUUUUCCCACUGAUGGAACAGUUCUGUCCUGCUCAUUUUUUUCUUUCUUUUUUAAAUUUCACACAUUGCUAUAGAUCACUCUUCUAUGUUUUUUUCCUCCUUCCCCCAAGACAAUGAAUUAUGUAGAUAUUGUAUACAUCGAGCCACAACUCCUUUUUCCCCCCACAGAGCUGAUUCCCACUAACUAGGUCUGAACCACCCUAACAUUUCCAGUCCAUCCUGUCUGUGCCUCUUCUCCACAUUUCCUGUGCUUGGGAUGCUCUUUGGUGGUUUAUUUGGCAUGUUGUUAUUGUAUGAUAAAGCACUUUUUGUAUAUGUUUGGAUGGUGAGUUUUGUAAUAAAAUUCAUUGGAUUCUAGUUUGAGUAUGACUGUUGAUUUGAAAAUGGAUUGGGUGUGUUUAAUAAUGGAAUGCCAGUCCAAAAAAAACCCAACAAGGAUCUUUUAGAAAUUUUGGAAGUUCAGUAUAAUGCUUUAUUACAAUUGGAUGAUUAAUGGUGCUAACAUUAACACGUAAUGGUUUUUCAUUCAAAAUGAAAGCUUUUGCAAAGCUGUAAGUCUGGGAGAUAAGUGAUUGUUAAUUGUGUAGUGAGUAAAAACAGUGUUUAGGCACAUAGAAAUGUGGAGAUUUGCUCCUCAAACUGCAGUAUUUAGGAGCCUUGGCUCAUCAGUGUGUUUGCCCACUUGGGGAACCUUCGGCAUUAUGCCAGACGGCCCAAACUUGAAUAGAGUUCCCAGCCUGCCCGGAUUCUGGUUUCCAUGGCUACU